AAAACCCAAAAUCCCCAUUUUGCAAGUUGUCACAAAAUGAGAAAGAAAAGAAAAAAAAAAACAACCAUUUUCCUUGGAAAGACCCACCACUUGCUGCACCGGGGAAAAAGGCCAGCAACAGCAAGCAACUAGGAAAAGCAAAAGAGAAAAAAGUGGAGAGACGAGAGACGAGAGACAUGAGAAGAGGCUUUGUGGUGAAGGACACACAAACUCCCGAUUUAAUCUGAGACCGAGAGAAAGAGAGAGAGAAAGAGAGAGUGAGUCUCCUUUCUCAUUGCAAUAGAGUCAUCAAUUUCAAAUCAAAUCCAAUCCAUUUAUCAAUCCAAUCUGCAUAAAACAGGAAACUUCCCCCUUCCCCCCUCUCACACGCACAAUAACAUCGACAUCCAUCCAUCCAUCCAUUUUUAGCCUUUUACCCAACAAUUGUUUCUUUUUCUAAAUCAAACUUCAAAUCAUCAUUCAUCAACAAAAACAGAGAAAAAGGAAGGACCUUUUUCAUUGGUGAGAUUCAUAUUCAACAAACCCAAUCCAAUAGAUCAGAGAAUCAAAACCCAGUUGGAUCAACGAAAUGUCGUGUUCAUCUUCAUCAGGGUCAGAGGAUGACGAUGAGGGCAUCGACUCCUACAGGAAAGGAGGCUACCAUGCUGUCAGGGUCGGCGAUCAGUUCGCCGGCGGCCGCUACGUCGCUCAGAGGAAGCUAGGUUGGGGUCAGUUCUCCACCGUCUGGCUCGCAUACGACACCACUACCUCUACGUACGUGGCUCUUAAGAUUCAGAAAAGCGCAGCACAGUUUGCUCAAGCUGCUCUUCAUGAGAUUGAAGUUCUUUCUAAUAUUGCGGAUGGUGACCCCACAAACUCCAAGUGUGUUGUGCGACUGAUAGACCAUUUUAAGCACGCAGGCCCAAAUGGGCAGCAUCAAUGUAUGGUCCUUGAGUUUCUUGGUGAUAGCUUACUUCGGCUGAUCAAGUAUAACCGUUACAAAGGCCUUAAAUUGAAUCAAGUUAGGGAGAUCUGCAGAUGCAUAUUGAUAGGUCUGGAUUAUUUGCAUAGAGAACUUGGUAUCAUUCACACCGACCUAAAACCUGAAAACAUUCUUCUAUUUACCACCAUUGAUCCUGCCAAAGAUCCAGUCAGGUCUAGCCUCACCCCAAUUCUUGAAAGGCCUGAAGGGAACCUGAAUGGUGGAGCCACCAUGAAUCUUAUUGAGAAAAAGUUGAAAAGGAGGGCAAGGCGGGCAGUUGCUAAGAUUUCCAUGAGAAGAGAAUCUAUGGGAGGUGUUGAAGCUCCGAAGUCUGAAAGAAACAUGGAUGGGAUUGAUGUAAGGUGCAAGGUUGUUGAUUUCGGAAAUGCCUGUUGGGCUAACAAGCAACUAACAGAAGAGAUUCAAACAAGGCAGUAUAGGGCUCCUGAAGUUGUUCUGCGAUCUGGUUAUUCCUACUCAGUUGAUAUGUGGUCAUUUGCUUGCACCGCCUUCGAGCUUGCAACUGGUGACAUGUUGUUUGCUCCAAAGAUGGGACAAGGCUUUAGUGAGGAUGAGGAUCACCUUGCGUUGAUGAUGGAACUCCUUGGAAAGAUGCCUCGAAAGGUAGCAAUUGCAGGAGCUCGUUCCAAGGAUUUCUUCGACAGACACGGGGAUCUAAAAAGAAUUCGAAGGCUGAAAUUUUGGCCACUUGAUAAAAUACUGAUUGAUAGAUACAAAUUUUCUGAGACUGAUGCUCGGGAAUUUGCAGAAUUCCUUUGUCCCAUUUUUGAUUUUUCACCAGAGAAGCGGCCUACUGCUCAGCAGUGCCUGCAACACCCGUGGCUCAAUCGCAGUACUUCGAGCCAGUCUGAGAUGAAAAAUAAAUCUAAAAUGGAGAAGGUGAAUGUCGGGAUGAGCAACCUUCAGAUUAAGGUUGGCAAGUGAAGAAAGGAAUGAAGGAUGAUGCUGUCACCUACCACACUAUGUUAACGCUUCCAAACACUCCUCCACACCACAUUGUGACAAUUGAUUGUGAAUUAAUUUUGUUUGUUACUCAUCUAAUAAGAUUCUUAUUAUUUUUUUAUUAACUAUAACUAUAAGAGAUGUAAAUUAGUAAUGAUUUUUGUGAGAAAAAUUACAGUCAGAAUUCAGAUAGAGGAAUUCCACUGUCAAAAUGGAUAUGCCCUGGUGGCUUGUAAACUAGCUAAAGCCAGAACAACAAUACACAUCUAUGUUUCCCACAUUUUUAUACUCAUGAUGAUUGGUGACUUUCUUCU